ACGCGGUGCGUCACCUGACGCACUUGACAGUCCGCUGCGGUCGCCGCGUCAGCUGAUCCGGGGAGUCGAGUUGCGUGCGGGCUGAUCGGGGCUCUCUGGUCCCGCCGCCGCCCCGCCGCCGCCUCCCACCCCCGCCGCAGCCAUGUCGUUCUUCCCGGAGCUCUAUUUCAACGUGGACAAUGGCUACUUGGAGGGAUUAGUGCGCGGCCUGAAGGCCGGGGUGCUCAGCCAGGCGGACUACCUCAACCUGGUGCAGUGCGAGACGCUCGAGGACUUGAAGCUGCACCUGCAGAGUACAGAUUAUGGCAACUUCCUGGCCAAUGAAGCAUCACCUCUGACGGUGUCAGUCAUCGAUGACAAGCUCAAGGAGAAGAUGGUAGUAGAGUUCCGCCACAUGAGAAACCAUGCUUAUGAGCCACUCGCCAGCUUCCUGGACUUCAUUACUUAUAGCUACAUGAUUGACAACGUGAUCCUGCUUAUCACAGGCACACUGCACCAGCGUUCAAUAGCUGAACUUGUGCCCAAGUGCCAUCCGCUAGGCAGCUUUGAGCAGAUGGAGGCUGUGAACAUCGCACAGACACCUGCAGAGCUCUACAAUGCUAUUCUGGUGGACACACCCCUGGCGGCUUUUUUCCAGGACUGCAUCUCAGAGCAGGACCUUGAUGAGAUGAACAUCGAGAUAAUCCGAAAUACGCUUUACAAGGCCUACCUGGAGUCCUUCUACAAGUUCUGUACUCUGCUGGGUGGGACCACAGCAGAUGCCAUGUGUCCUAUCCUAGAGUUUGAAGCAGAUCGCCGCGCUUUCAUCAUCACCAUCAACUCUUUCGGCACAGAGCUGUCCAAAGAGGACCGUGCCAAGCUCUUCCCACACUGUGGCCGGCUCUACCCUGAGGGCUUGGCUCAGCUGGCGCGGGCUGAUGACUACGAACAGGUCAAGAAUGUAGCUGAUUACUACCCGGAGUACAAACUGCUUUUUGAGGGUGCAGGUAGCAAUCCUGGAGACAAGACCCUGGAGGACCGAUUCUUUGAACAUGAGGUGAAGCUCAACAAGCUGGCCUUCCUGAACCAGUUCCAUUUUGGUGUCUUUUAUGCCUUUGUGAAGCUUAAGGAACAGGAAUGUCGCAACAUCGUGUGGAUUGCUGAGUGCAUUGCCCAGCGCCAUCGCGCCAAGAUCGACAACUACAUCCCCAUCUUUUAACAUUCUAACUUAAGGUUCCCAAGUGCACUGUGUGUGUGUGUGUGUGUGUGCGCGCGCGUGUGCGCGCGCGCACCCAGGGCUCACUUGUCUGACCUGGUGAGGUGUCGCACAUUGUCCUGGGAUUGGUUGCCCAGCUUCCAUGACCCUCUCUGGGACUAAAAGGGUUAGGUACCUCUCCCCUGAUCAAGAAUGGACCAAGAUCCCCUCCAGAGCAAAGAGGCCCCCAGCCCUAUGUUUACAGCCACUGACAUGUCUAAGAAACUUGUGUGACUUUCAUGUCCCUCCCUAACUUGAGAACCCCUGGGACAGUGUGAGCCUCCUUUCCUGUCCAUAGGUCAUCCCCAGAACCAUGACCUGUGGGAAGAGUAGAGAAUAUGUAUACUUGGGGUUUUGGGAAAGCAGCUUUGCAGCCCUCUCCCUCGGCACUGCCCCUCUAAGACAAUAAAAUUGCCCUCUUUAAAAACCCU